GUGUUGCCGGCACUCGCGGCCGCUCAGUCGUGUUCCGUCUCGCUCACCGCCGAGAGACACAGGCAUCGACUCUCCUCUCUCACUCUCGCUGUCUCUCACUCGGUAUAUAUAAUAAAAUUCUUCCUCGGCGUCGUCGUGUCUGGUCGACGUCGUUUACUCGUCUGCUCGCUCGUACAAUUAGUACAAUUGUACACAACGUAUAACAAUCUCCACGUAUAUAGAUAUACAUAUCUGUGUAUGUAUAUUAAUCGGAAUCGCGAUUAACAGGCAGCGCUAGUGCCAAGCCGGUGGCCGCAGAGCGCCAACACAGACACACAACAACAACAGCGAGUGCGCGGUGUCGGUCUCUCGAGCGCGAGACGCCUCGCACCCUCUCACCCAGUUUUUCCCGGGAGGUCGUAACGCGCGUAUCGCUCGGACACUCGUCUAGUGAAUGUUUGUCAGUGUGAUAGCGUCCAACAGAUAGUAAGAGAGCAAGAGAGAGCAAGAGAGCAAGAGAGGGAGAAAAACACAGACACAGCCGCGCACCAGACAGACAGAGAGAGGAAUAAAGUCAACGGAGCUACGAGCUUUUUUUGCCUCGCCAAGCACCGAUCGCGGACUGGUUAUGAGCGACUCUCGUUGAGCCAAGCACCAUCCGCAGCCGGCUUCCAUCACGACAACCAAAGAUAGCGGAAUAACUUUGAAGAGGUAGACCCGUACAAAAUUACCUCGUUCCAAUCCGGCCUCGCAAUGAAUAGCAACAACUAUUACAACAACAUGAAGACGAAUGCAUCGACGACACAUCUGCUGAACGCUCUAAGGGGCCAGUUCAGCAGCAGCAGCAACAACAACAACAACAGCAGUAGCAACAAAAACAACAACAACAGCAACAUCAGCAACGCCAACGUGUCCAUCAGCGCCUACUCGUCGGCUUAUCAAAAAACGAUGGAGAACUCGUCGACCUCGUCGUCGUCGCCCUGCUCGUCCACGUCCGGCCAGCUGAACCACACGUCGCCUCCGUUGAUGCAGUACGGCAUCGGAGACUCGGUGUGGCCCUCGGCGGGCAAAGGCACCGGUCACAGCAGUAGUCACUUACUCACGUCCAGUAUAGCAUCGAUGAGUCCGACCAACACCGGCUCGUCGGACGACAGUCUGGCGUCGAGGCGCUCGCCCAACAGCCAUCACGAUCUGCUCGACCCCCUCGACAGCCACGUCAGCCGAUACAUCAACAAUCUGCUGCUCAACUACCACACGAGCAACGACGGCUACGAGAGCUACGAGAGCCCGCUGACGUGCGACAGCGGGGCCCUGACGAACAGCGGCGACGCGAGCAGCCUCACCAGCAGCUGCCGCAACUGCACCGACAUGCCCUGCUAUCAGUGCGCCACGGCGAUGCUCGCGCAGAUCCGACAGCCGUCCCCGAUCAGGCCGGUCCAGAAGCACCUGGGCAGCAGCGGCAGCACGACGACGUCGCUGUCGGGCGUCUCGAGCAUGUCGUCCUCGUCGUCGUCCAUCUACUGCGAGUACCACCGGGACGGGCAGCGCUUCUAUUGCCAGACCUGCGGCAAGCCCUACUGCCUGGAGUGCGACCGGAACCAGCACCAGGGCCACGUGACCGUGCAGCUGGCCGAGGCGUUCGAGCGGGCCGGCAUCCAGGCCAGUCAGGUGCUCAACGACGCGCGCAUCGGCAUCGCCGCGCUCACCGAAGACCUCAAGGCGGUCGAGAUGUCGGUCGAGAGACUGGAUAUGAGGGCGCACGAGGCUACCAACGAGGUGGAGCAGUGCAUCCAACGGGCCGCCGAGGCUCUGGAGAAGCGCCAGAAGGAACUCAUCGGUAGGAUCGAGGAAUCCCGACAGAGGAAGCGCAAGGCACUGAGCUUGCGAGGCGAGGGCCUCAGCAACGGCAUCAUGCGGCUCAAGUCGGCCGCGGAGAAGCUCAGUGACUCGAUGGAGGUGUCGAGUGCCGCGGGCAACCCGUUCGAUCUGCUCGUGACCAAAGACAUGGCCGCGUCCGAGGUCUUCCAGAUCCACCAGUCGCGCCAGAACAUGCAGCCGCCCGAGGAGUCCUGGAUCGCGUUCACCAGCUCGGAGAACGGCGUGCUCCAGGCGAUAGGCAAUCUCGGCUCGGUGGUCACCGACAACCCCGGGCCCAUCGGCGAUCGGCGCACGGUGCGCGGCCGGCCCAUCGGCAAGUCCUCGCCCCAGGUGAGCAACAACAACAAAUUAACAUCCAGCGACCUCAUCGAUGUCAGAUCCAUCCUCGACGAGUUCGAGCAAGCUGCGUCCAUGAAAGCCGCGCCCGACCUGUGCAAGCGCCAAUUGGCCAGCCAGCACAAACGCACUACUACCGCCGACUACUUGCAGUUCGAGCGCUCGGCAACGAGCCUGCCCAUCCACGGGGCCGCCAUGUCCAAGGGCCGACCCAUCCCCGGCAGCAGCUACAGCGUCGUCGUGCGCUCGGGCCUCAACCCGAGCUACCCCAACAUGGGCGGCGUCCAGGUGAUCGGCACGAGCAGCGACUCGGAGGCGGACAACCUCUGCCGGCCGUGGGGCAUCGCCUGCGACCAGGACGGCCACCUCGUCGUGGCGGACCGCUCCAACAACCGCAUACAGAUCUACAGGCAGGACGGCAGUUUGGUGAGGCGCUUCGGCACCCAGGGCACCGGACCCGGCCAGUUCGACCGGCCCGCCGGGGUCGCCGUCGACGGCCGCCGCCGCAUCAUCGUCGCCGACAAGGACAACCACCGCAUCCAGAUACUCACGAUGGAGGGCCUCUACCUGCUGAGCUUCGGCGAGAAGGGCAGCAACAUGGGCCAGUUCAACUAUCCGUGGGACGUGGCCGUCAACUCGGACUGCCAGAUCGUCGUCUCGGACACGCGCAACCAUCGCGUCCAGCUGUUCUCGCCCGAGGGCAUAUUCCUGCGCAAGUACGGCUUCGAGUCCUCGCCCAACUACUGGAAGCACUUCGACUCGCCGCGCGGCGUCGCCUUCAAUCCCGACGGCUGCGUCCUCGUCACGGACUUCAACAACCACCGCAUCCUCGUGAUCGACCAUGAGUUCAGUACCGCCCGGGUUCUGCCCUGCGAGUCGAACGGCAGCACCAAGCAGUUCCAGCGGCCCCAGGGCAUCAUCGUCGACGACGAGGGCAACAUCAUCGUCGCGGACUCGCGCAAUCAUCGCGUGCAGAUCUUCGACGCCAACGGCACGCAGCGAUGGAAGUUCGGCAGCCACGGCCGCGGCUUGGACGAGAUGGACAGACCCUCGGGUAUCUGCCUCACCCCGGACGGCCGCAUCGCUGUCGUCGACUUUGGCAACAAUCGGGUCAUGAUCAUCUAAGCGUCGUUGCCCGCAUCAGUCAUUUUAGCCUAACAACACACGUUUGUUUCUAGGCUUUUAUCAACUCUUCUGAAGAGCAUAGUUUUAUUCGAGGUUGACCUUCCGCGUUCAGAGAAACCCUAAUAUUAUAUUGUUUCCCCCCGACAAGAAAAAUGAUCGCGUGCGGAACUUGACGAUGAACAAAUUGUAGAGAUAUAUUAUUAUAUCUAAUUUAAAUGUAAAUUGCGUAUAUAUGAGAGAUGGUCGGGCGACGGACUUUUACACAGAAGAUGACAAAAAAAAAAAAAUGUACGAAAUCGAGCGUCAUCUUUUUCCAGCAUCAGUAUUUCGACGCAUCGAUUAUAAAUUUUUUUGCCGAGACGAAUCUACGUCUUGCAAAACGUGGUUUCCUGAAAAAAAGAAAACUUUAUGAAACUGAUUGUGAAACUGAUUUUUAAAAACCAAUGAAUUGUCCGUACUCGGAAAACAACGACGGGAGAUAUGAUUUUUAAAUUUUUAUUAAGAAAAUAAAAUUUUAUUCGUGUGUAAGGAAAGGAGGUAUUGACGUAAGCAACAAGAAAGUAGCGUAUUCUUUCCAUGCUUAUAAUAUUAUAUAGUUGACGAAAAACAAUUAACAUUAUUAUUAUUAUCAUUUUAGAUUUUAAUCUAUUACUAUGUAAGUAUGUGUAUACGUGUAAAAGAUUUAUUCAGACAUCGUCUAAAGCAUGAUUCGAGUUAAGUACUUAUUGAUCAAAUCAUCCAAUCGAAUCAUGAAGUAGCCGAGACUAAGGCCAUCAAAAAAUUUAGCUUUAAUUUUUGCUUUAAAAUCAAAAAAAACAACGACUAAAGUUCUUUUUAACUAAGAAACUUACCGUAAUGUAUUAUUUGCUAUACGUUUUUACCUAGACAAGUUUUCUCGGACUGUAAAAUUAAUUUUUAUCUUGUAUCGUCAAAGCGCCGAAAAUUUAUAUCCGAUCAAUUAACAACGUUGAUUUGUAAAAUUAAUUCCAACGAAAAAGCUGGCUAUUAACUGAACUUUAUGUUAUGAAAAAUGUUUUCUAUUCACGUUGUCUUUAUAAAACUGUUGCAUUAGUUCAGUUAAUUAAAUUGUAAGAUCUCCAUUUUGAAACAAGCGUAAAUAAAAUUUGCGGAAUCAAUCCAAUCGCUAGUUUUCUCCGUCGUUGAGUUGAUUCAUUUUGUCGAGUCUGUGAUUAUAACUUAAGUGUAAAACAAAUGAUUUUCCCAGAGAGAUGUAAUCUUUCGCAAAAUAUUUUCUCUUCUUUGUGUCGAUAUAAUGUGUCUGUUUUCAUUUUCAUUAUCAAGUAAGACUGUUACUUAAGACUGAGAAGAAGAAUGCCAAGCUUUUACGUUAAAACGUUGUUUCUAUAACGCAUAUAUUACGAAUGCAAUUGACAAGUAUGAUUUUUUGCGAAUGUUUGUCGUUUCUGCGCCGUGACAGCUGCAAGUAUGAGGACAAACAUUCGCAACGAGGUGCAUAAGAAUAAUAGAUUAAUUUUCAAAUUGCGUGACAAAAUCAAACGUAAGAUUUUAAUCCGAAUCCGAUAUAUUAAUCCGAAACCCUCCUCGAUAACGAUAUAAUGUUUAUUCUAAAUAUUGUUACAAGCUAGUCACAAAAGUUACCAUAUGUUAAACGUAUAAAAUUCUCGCAUAAUA